CCCAUAUAAAGUCGAGGAGCAUGGUAUAAUGCUCAUUAUAAGUCGAUUAGAUAGGAGGGUGAAGAGAUAAAGAUGGAUUUGAUGAAAAAAUGUUUUAAUAUAUACUGUUGUGUUUGUUUGAUAUAUCUUAAUAUAACCAUUGAAGGACGCGAUACCAAUGAGAUCUCAGGGGAAACCAUCUACUACAACAAUGCGUUAGGAGAUUUCCGGCCGUGCUCGGACAUUUGUGAACCAUCCGCCAGUUCUUCACAAAGAUGUGCAUUCCACUGCCCAAACUUCAAACUAAAUCCCGACCAAAAUACGGUCCGGCAAAACAACAAUAAUGAUGGCAGUUGGAGGUUCGGGUUGGUGUCUAUACCUGUUGUCUUAGUGUUGGUUACGGCGACGCUGUAUUUUGCCAAGAAACCAAACAUAAACCGUUUUGUUUCAAACCAGAUAGCUCGAUGUCCUAGAUUAUUACUUCAAAAUCAAGGAGAUCAACAUACAGACGACAUUGAACUUCAAACAAUAAACGUUUCCCCGACCGCGGUUGGAAAUCCUAAGGAACUCCAGCAUUUGCUUGGUCCUAGACAUGAUCUCAUGAGUGAAAAUGCACCUGCGAAUGUCAUGUCCGCCAGAGAACCGGAAACCCUUUAUCAACAUGGUCCUUCUGCAUUCCACAUUGGAGCAACGGUGCCACUGACUGAUAACGAGUUGGGCCCUCCAAUACCAUCCGCUCAGACCUCUACUCACAACGACGUGCUUGACAACAUCAGACUAACGGAGAACAACCGCCUCGUUAACGUCCCUGAGCUUCCCUCUGGGCCGGAAGAUAUUGAUCACACUACUACACUCAAUUUCAAAAACUUUAACACAGUGGUCAUUCACAAAAGAGAUUCACUCGAUUGUGACGUGACAGUUCGCACUAGAGAACCCCCAGUCUAGAGUCUCAAUAGAACGUCACUUUGCUGUUUAUAACCACGGACCUUCAUUUCCAUGAAUCUUUCUCAUUGGUUUUACGUUUUAAGAAACAUUCAUAACAAUUCUAAAAUUAGUUUCCAUUACCUGGUUAAAGGAAUACAAAAGCUAUACUUAUCACAGAAGUGAACGCCGCCCUCCCUCCCCCACCCCGCCCCCAGCUCAGUAAGAGUUUACAAGAAGUAUUUUUGGAAAUAUUGUAAUAACGUUGUAAUGAACAUUUAAUGAAUCUCGCCGUGCCCGCUUUGAUGACAUUUUGUUAAGCAGCAUCCCUUAAAUUAUCCUUGCUGUAUGACAAUUGCAGAAGAAAUAACUCUAUAAUCGCGAGGUCAAUCACAUUUACGAAUUAUUAAGUAAUUUCAAGAAUAAAUGGAAUAAAAACAUAAUUAUGCAAUGUACGGCAAUUCCGAGCGCAAUAAAUAUUGUUUUAGGAGGUGUUGCGGUAAACUGUCAAAGCGUUGCUUUGAUAUUUCCGUUCUGUUCUGAUAUAUAAAAAUUGUAAAAUUCAUAGGUUGUUCAAUUUUAAAACAUUUUUUAUAGCUGCGGUGUUAUAGUUUUAAUGGUGCUUGUAUUUGUUUUAUCAAGAAAUUGCUUAUAAUGUAUAAAGGUUUGUUCUUGUAAAUGUUUCAUCCGCAGAAUAAACGAAAUCUGUUAUUGUCGCGUUCUUGUCGCGUGGAUAACGCUCCUCGUGUUACGACGAUAGUGCCUAUCACUGUUUGUUAUUGCUGGAAUGAUUGUUAACAGUGUUUGCGCUGACGCCUCUGGCUCAGUGCCUGUGGAAGUCAGUGCCCACUACUGAAGCGGGAAGAUACCCAAUUGCUCCUAGAACGCAACCAUGUACUGUCGCUCCUGGCUGUAACUAACGCCUGCAGAAGAAGUGUUUGAUACAUUCAAAUACAUACUGCAGUUCCCGACGAAAGGCAACGCAUGGUUAUGCAUGAUACGACCCAGUCUAUCGCAGUCUAUAUGCCUCUUUGGCUUUUAGUUUUAAAAUCCUGCAAUUAAAGGCACCUAAGACGAGUAGAAUCUCCUUUAACAUCAGGGAGGCCACUUUAAAACACUUCUUAUAUUUACGGUAUAAUGGGACGUUUUCAUAACAAAUUGGUCAAAUGUGAGUUCGUUGGCAUGCCGUGUUUGGGAAAUAUUGUUUGAGUGUUCUCAAAACGUAAAACGUUCUGGAAGACAAUACGCACACUUUCGGAAAGCCUAUGAAUUGAUGGAGUCGGUAGACUAGGUCUCUCAAAUGUAGGAGCGAGUUCAUAACGUAGAAAUAUGCAAUAACUUACCUGACUUGUGCUCUUUUGCCUUACUUCCUGUAAAUACGUUACCAAUUGUAGGUCACGUGACAAAAUUGCCCCGCCCCCCACUCGUUAAGGACAUUUUAUAACAAUAAAGCAUAAAUUUAUGUUAGUAAAUACGCUAACAAACAUAUUUCCUGAACUCGUUGAAUAAAAUUGUUUAUUAUAUACCCAUCAUAAAUCCACACGCAAUACAUAUCGCAAAAUACGGUAGUCCGUAUUCCACUCUUGUGACGUCACGUCAUAAGUAUCGUUGCACGAUGUUAUAAUGACGUCAUAAAACAAAAUAGCGCGUCGUUAUAAUGACAUUUAUUAUGAAAACACGUGGCUUUUAAUUGAUCUAACCACAAAUGUAUAUAAUAAAAGGGUUAUUAUUACAGCGUUUUGAUCCGGAAUGUCGAAUUCGACUCUCGUGGAUUUUUGCAGAAUUUGAUUUCACUCGGCUUGCGCCUCGUGAAAUCCGAAUCUGCAAAAAUCCACUCGAUUCGAUUACAACCUCCCGGAUCAAAACGCAGUACAAAUAACAUUAUUGUUUGAUAAGGCGAUUAGUGACAGAUCCCAGUAGCGGGUCCA